UGGUAAUCGUCGAGGGUUAUAAAUGUGUGUUUUCGCCCUUCAAACAUACACUCCGGCUUAAAGUGAAAAGGGAAGACAGACUACGAUUAAAGCCGACAGUGAAGUUCCUGACUAACCGUUAUCUCCACCAUGAGAAGACUCUUGUUGCUGAUGGGACUAGCUUUUAUGGCGGCAACCGUGGACGGCGGGUUGCUUAAAGCAUCAAAAGGAACGUUGAGAUUUAGCAAGAGCACCUUUCUGAGUUGUAUGGCGAAAAAAAUGCCCCGUGGAGUGAGCCGUGCAAGCAUCGUCGAGUGCAACAAUCAAUAUCCUCAGCCGCAACUGUUCCGGUUGUUCAAAUGGAGAAAGUGUUUAAGGGAGGAAACAGGAAUCAAAGUGGGAGUUGUCAAACUUUUGCUCUCACUGAUCAGGUGCAUCGGACAAGCCACGACGGUUGUCUAUGGCGACCCAUACGAGGAGACGCUAGAUAAGGAAUACGCGGUGUCCGUGAGUUCGUCGUGCAAAUACACUCUCAGUAAGUGCUCGGAGUCCAGUGACACUACGUACGAGAUUCAGCUUAAAGACAGCUCCGCUUCUCACCCUGGUGGGAAGACAGUGAUACAAGAAGUUACCGUGGUAACGCGCGCCGGAACUGUCACCUGCAACGUAGACGGAACCACCCGAAUCGGUAACGACAACCACGGCACACACAACGUGACUGCCGAGCAAAGCGGAUUCGUUGAAGUUCAUCACAUCACUGAAGAUGGAAUGUCUCGGCUGCUUAUGACUUUUCAAAACAUCCCGAACCUGGUGGUAAUAAUGAACACCAACCCUGGCGAAAAUGCACAUAAGCUGUUCCUCACCAUUCCACAAGGCUGCGAUGUGGCGGCCCAAGGGGUGCUAGGGGCCGUGUUCCACCAGUCCACCGUUCACCGUACCGGUUGUGAUGGCUCAGUAUUCGACUCCAAUGAGCCAGGAUGGGUGGCGAAUUUAGUGAACAGUUGCUGCGUGUAAGAGAA